AAAGACAGACCAUGGCUCAAGCGCGUGCUGGAAGUGUCGCUGGCGCUGGCGCAUCUCCGCAUAGCAUCAGUCUGAAAGUAUUGAGACUCUCGCAUCCAUCGCUGUCGCCCGCGCAUACACUUCCCGGCACCGAUGCCGUCGCAAAAGCAUCGCUACCCUAUCCAACCGCGACGCCAGAUACAUUCCCACUGGCACCGUUACUGGCACUGCCUCCUGCUUUCGGCGCUGCCUAUGUGGGCACCGUUUUCUCUUGCACAUUAUGCGCGAACAACGAAUUGCCGCCUUCAUCUCCUGUCGCCGUACAAGAUGUCCAGCUAAGUGCCGAACUUCAAGUGCCGAGCGGCAGCAUUACAUUGGCGUUAGAAGGUCCAGAUGCUACAACAGAACAAGGGAUGCAACCGGCACAGACAUUGCAGCGCAUUGUACGGCACGAGCUACGCGAGGAUGGUCCUCAUGUUCUGGCUGUCACUGUCACCUAUCAGGAGACUCGAGAUGACAUCACAAAUAAGCGAACAUUCAGAAAAUUAUAUCAAUUCGUCGCCCAGCCUGCACUUGGCGUGAGAACCAAGGUAGGAGAUCUCGCAGCCAAGAAGGAUGCACGAGACAUGCGAAGAUUUGUAUUAGAAGCCCAACUCGAAAACCUCACCGAGAAAUCGGUUGUUUUGGAGCGGGUUUUUAUUAGCACGGCUCAAGGCCUGACAGGCAGGAGCCUGAACUGGAAUGAGGCUGACGACUGUCCGAUCUUGAAUCCUCAGGAUGUCAUGCAAGUUGCCUUUACUCUCCAACAGGUACUGGACGAGGAACUUGAAGAGAAGAAUGGCAGGAUGGUCCUCGCGCAACUCCACGUCGACUGGAAGAGCCAAAAUGGGGAAAUGGGCAGCUUGACCACAGGUUGGCUGGCCAGUAGAGUCAGA